AUGUCUUUGGCUGAUACAACAAAAGCACACACAAAUGAGCAUUUCCCCAGCCUGGCACUAGGAAGCAACAGGAAGUCUGCAGAAGGCAAGAGUAGCCCAGGCGCUGGCGACCUGUCACGGAACAGCAGGGCUUCCAAUGGGAGCGUGGAUUACAGCAGAUCUCAGUGCUCCUACAGAAGCCUGACCUCCCACUAUGACUAUUCAGAAGACUUUCUUUCUGAGUGCUCUGAAGCAGCCACCAACAGACACGAGUUAGAGCAGCCUCUGGGGAAAGAAAAGGAGAAAAGAAAGUAUAGCCCUUCUAAAAUCCCCCAGCCUAAAGGCCAGAAGGACCUCCCAACAGAGAAAAGGCACACCUGGAAUGCUUCAUUUCUCAAUUCUCAAAUUCAAACAGUUACCAAAAGAAGAGACGCCAUGACACACCGCAUCCUGUCAGCCCGACUUCAUAAGAUUAAAGAGCUGAAGAAUGAGCUAGCCGACACACACCGGAAGCUGGAAGCCACUGCUACAGAGAACCAAAUCCUGAAGCAGCUUCAGCUCAGGCAUGCAAAAGCCAUCGGGAGAUACGUGAGCUCACAAGACAGCCUGCCGCAGGUCACAGUUAGACACCAGAAUGAGGUGAGGAGCCUGCGGCAGCUCCUUCGGAAAUCCCAGGAGAAGGAGCGAGCAGUGGCAAGGAAGCUCCGAGAGACUGACAGUGAGCUGCUGAGGACCAGAGAUGCCUUGCAGGCCCUACAGAAACUUUCAGAAGACAAGAGCCUUGCGGAAAGAGAAGAACUGACUCAGAGGUUGACUGUUCUGACAGCCAAAAUGGAGGCAAAUGACAAAAAAAUACAGAACUUGGAAAAACAGCUGAGGCUGAACAAUCGAUCCUUUGGUCGGCAGUUGGCCAAAGAAAACCGGAAGACAUUAACAGCCCAAACAGCAACAAAGACUCUGCAGGGAGAAGUGCGGCAGCUGCAGCAGAAACUUAAGGAGAAGGAUCGCGAGCUGGAAAUUAAAAACAUCUACACUAAUCGAAUACUUAAAAACUUACAUGAAAAGGAAGAUUACCCAAAAGUUUCUUCAACAAAAUCAGUACAAGCAGACAGAAAAAGUUUGCCGUCUGUAAAUAUGAGACACCAGGAAACCCAAAAGUCAGAUGUGCCACUGUGGACAGCAAAGGGUAAAAAGACAACAGGAAACAUUGGUCAUAAAGAAAAAUCAACUGAAAUAAACCAUGACAUUUCUUGCUAUAUGUGUAAACUACCAAAACAAGAGGAGUCUAAGCGAAACUAUGAAGAUUUAUCAAAGGAGGUUGAACACCCAAAACCACAAGCCUCUCUGGAAACUCUUAGGAAGCAAGAAGAGAAAAGGGAAGAUCAAGAAAAGAAAGUCAUCCCACCAGAAGUAGAGCCAAUUGCAAGGGAAAGUGUGACCCCUGCAGACACGGAGGGCGAGGUUCCAGCCAGGGAAGUGGCUGCGAUGGCUGAGGUGGCCCAGGUGGGAGCGGCCGAUGAUGUGGAGCCUGGGCCAGCCCCGAACAAGACCCCUCGGCCAAGGAAGCACUACUCCUUCACCGAGGCCACUGAGAACCUGCACCACGGGCUGCCCACAUCCUGUGGGCAGGCCUCGGGCAGCCCACGCUGCCGCCACAGCAUGGGCAAGCACCGCAGCGACCAGGACUUGCGGCUGGAGCCUGCCAGCUACGAGCCCUCCUUCGGCAAGGCCACCAGGGUCAAAGCCAAGGACACAGCCUUCCGGGACAAGAAGAGCAGCCUCAUGGAGGAGCUCUUCGGUGCAGGCUUCGCGGGCAGGAGUGGCCCCACCAAUGGCGAGGUGGCUGGCAAGGCCCAGCAGCUCGGACCCAGCCAGGCCUCUGCCAGCAAUGCCUUCGGGGACUCCAGAGCCAACGUGGUGCGGUCCAUCCAGGCCUCACCCGCCAAAGGAAACAGGAAAACGGUUAUUUAAAUGCAACAGAGGCCUAAUACAUUCUGGUUUAUAUACUAGUUACAUGCCUUUAAUCUUACUUACCAUGUGAGGGUUUACAUAGUAUCUGUUUUAGUACUUGGGUGGACUGCGGCUAAUUUAUUGCUAUCUAAUAAAAUAAUCCACUGUACCUUGAUCAAUGGUAACAUUUUAGAUACAAACUUACACCUUUACUAUGAAGGCAGAAUGUCCCCUCUUCAGGCAGACCUGGUUUAUUACAGAGCUUGGAGAUGUGGGACUCACGGCGACUCUUGUUCAGCCUAAGGCAUACAAACUCUACAGCAGGACUACUGUCGAAACGUCAGGGAAGAGGCACCAGACUCAGACAGACAGUACAGAGAUUCACGCUCUGCCUCACGGUCAUUGCCGGUGGUCUCCUGCUCAGGGGAGCAGUCUGCGUGCCCUGCCUUUGGGAGCCAAUCUGUGCCUGUAUAGGAGGCUGUGUUUUUUGUUGUUGUUGAGAUAAAUUACUCUUUUGUUACAUAAUGGUCUCUUCUCUUAACCUUGUCCUAAAACAACUGUAUGCUCGAGCUAGCUGCUCAGGUCUAAGAGCUUUUGUUGGAGCUAUAAAGGGUCUGGAUUCCCAGCCUACACUGUGUAACUCGCCUUCAUUUAGCUGUAGGAGCAACAAUUCCGUAUCUGGAAUUGGCCACACUGUCUCCAGAUGUUUAUACACUAGUGUAUAUUAGCACCAAUGGCUCAGUGCCUGCUGAGGGGUGAUGCUGCUGCCGCCUGUGGCUGCUCUCGCCCACAU